AUGCGAGGACACGCUAGGUUUGGACAGGGCGGGAAGCUGAAACCGCGAUAUAUCGGACCCUAUCCGGUGAUUGGGAAGGUAGGCACAGUAGCAUAUCGACUCGGGUUGCCUUCAGAGCUGGGCAACAUCCACGAUGUAUUCCAUGUGUCGACGCUACGGAGAUACGUAGCAGACCCUUCCCAUGUGCUACAACCUCAGGAGUUAGAGUUCACGAAUGCUACACAUUUUCGAGACGAACCGCUACAGAUAAUGGACCGAAAGGUUAAGAAGCUGAGGACGAAGGAGGUGCCAUUGGUGAAGGUAUUGUGGAGAAGCCAAGGGGUCUCGGACAUGACUUGGGAACCCGAAGAAGAGAUGCGUAGCAACUAUCCCUAUCUUUUCACUUGA